AUGUCUCUAACCCGAAUCGCCAUUGUUGGCGGAGGCCCCGUGGGUCUCACGCUCGCUCGACUUCUUCUCAACAAACCUAAGAUUGAGGUGGUUGUCUUCGAGUCAGAGAAUUCCCAAAAUGCUCGUGGGCAAGGCGGCAGUCUCGACCUGCAUCCCACGACCGGUAUUGCCGCCUUGAAGGAAGCCGGCUUAUACGACGAAUUUUUGAAGAGAGCUCGCUUCGAAGGGGAGGCGUUGACUAUUUGCGACAAGCAUUUGACCAAAUAUGUUGAGCUGGCUGGCUCGGACGAAAAGUCCUCUCACGGGAGACCAGAGAUCGACCGAAAAUCCCUCCGUGAGAUGCUUCUUGACUCUAUUCCUCCCGAUAUGAUCCGAUGGGGCCAUCACCUGCGCACCAUUGAUGAAAAUCAUAAUCUGAUCUUUGAUCAUGGAAUCGAAAUGGGAUUCGAUUUGAUCGUCGGCGCCGAAGGUGCCUGGAGCAAGACCCGCAAGCUGGUAUCAGAGCAAGCGCCAGAUUAUGCUGGCAUUUCUGCAUUCACCUUCGAGAUUCCCAAUGCCAAAGAGACAGCACCAGAGUGCUACCAGCUCUCCAACCACGGGUCUCUGUUUUCGUACUCCGAUGGCCGAUCUAUCAUGAGUCAAUGUAUCGGAGACGGCCGCCUGAAAGUCGCCGUCUAUGCUAUAUGGCCCAAGCAGUGGGCAGAGAACCCUACUUUCGAUAUCAAUGACCUCGACGCGACUAGAAAGGCCAUUCUGGAAGAAUGCCACGAUUGGUCUCCUGAAUUGUUGCAGUUUGUGCGCAAUGCCCAAGACCCAGAGUUCCGACCGCUUUAUAUGCUCCCCGUUGGCUGGUCAUGGGAGAAUCGCCCUGGCGUAACUUUGAUUGGCGAUGCAGCACAUGUCAUGACACCUUUUGCUGGCGAGGGUGUCAACUUGGGGAUGCAAGACGCGCUAAAGUUGUCUCGAGCAAUCAUCAAGGGUGCAAACUCACCAAACCCUCAAGUUACCCUUCCAACUGAGAUCAAGGCAUAUGAGGAUGACCUCUUCGUGCGAGCCAAGGAGACAUCGACCCUGACGAGUGAUAUGAUGAACUGGUUGUUUUUCAGUGGUGGCUCGCUUGGAUCUGUUAUUGAGAAGGUUGCUUUGCGUAGGUUGACCUUUUAUGACAAAAGCCCCCUUCAGCGUGCUAAAUAUCCACUGAUGUGGGCUUUGAUAUAUGGUUAUUACUUUUUAUUCAAACUGCAAUAUUGA